UUUUGUGAGUCUGUUAAAUAUAAUCAUUCAAGUAAAGUCGAAAUUUAUGGCUGAUUUUCAAGAACAGCUGAGACAAUAUCGUCUUCAAAAGAAGAGGCAAGCAACUUUGGACAGCUUCAAAGCGAGACUACGUCGAUUUUGGAUGCUCGGAACAGGCAAAGGAUCUGAAGACAAAAAGGAAACAACAAUUGACAUACAUCAGCACCAGCCCACCAAUAACCCAAUUGAGACCUCCUCGCAUUCACAGGAUGAGUAUGUGCCCUCCAGUGAAGAUGAAACCGUUGCGGAGAAUUCCCCGCUUACCUCAAGCCCGGAUCCCAGGGAGAGCAAAGUACUGAAGUACACUCUUUGGGGUGUCUAUGCUCUGUUCUGGAUAACACUAUAUGUGAUUGCUAUCGAACUUAAGUUCGGAUUGGUAUUCCUGAUGUUUUCGGCCCUGUUUGGUAUAUAUUUCAACACACGCACUGGGCCGAAGAGCCGGAAUGAAAUGAGUGCUUAUAGUGUUUUUAACAAAAAUUGUGAAAGCAUUGAUGGAACUCUAAAGGCAGAGCAAUUCGAACGAGAAAUACGCUAUGGAUCAGGAAGCGUUCGAUGAGUAAAUAGUAAAAUUUAGAAACUAUACAAUAAGUUCUAGACUCUGACCUUUAUUUGAGGCUGUCUCUCUUGUGCCCUAAUUAAAGAUGAUUUGCUGUAAUGUUGAAAUACAUUUCUGUUCUAUGUUGUAUCUUGAUUUAGGGACAUUGUACAUUGAAUUUUAAAUUCAAGCUUGUUUUAUUCAUUUUUGUACAAUUACAUAAUAGAACAUAAGUACUAUAAUAGAAACAUAUCUUUACACACGAGUUGGAAAUAAAUUUUUCAUCAAUUAAAUUAUGUAA